AUGUCAACGUGGAGCAUCAACCUCUUCAAAGCUCAUUUCGGAAAAUCAGUUCUCCAGCAAUUGUGGGAUGACCGCGAAAAUGCCGACUUCGAGAUCCACUGCGCAGACCAGAAAACAAAAGUACACAAGACGAUCCUUCGCGCUCACUCUGAAGUGCUCGCUAAAACCUGCGACAAUCGCUCCUUCAAGCUCAAGGCCAAUUCCUACGAAGGCAACCUUGACAAUCUGGGUGAUGGAGACGACCCCGAGAUCGUCGAAGAGAUGAUUCAUUACUUCUAUCAUCUUGAGCUGUCCUCCAAAGCCAGAGUGAUCUCAGCUAGACCUCGCAAGGGCGCCCGGAUCGAGCUGUCUCUUGUCUAUCUCGCUAGGGUAUACGUGCUAGCCGAGAAGUACUUCAUUGAAGGCUUGAAAGCAACAGUCAUAUGCGAUUUUCGUAACAGUCUGACAAGCAACGUGUUCCAUCCAGAGCUCGUGGAGGCUUGCCUGAUCAUCUACAAGAAGACUGUGGAGCCAGCUAGCGAGAUAGGCUUGAAGACCAUCGUGGCAAAGGCUUUGGCAUAUGAGUUGGGAGAGGUCAUGAGGUCUAGGAUGCACGACGAGCUGUUCUCAGAGAUCCCUGAGCUGACCCUUAGUGUUCUGAAAGAGGUCUCUAAAUUGCCCAACUCCUGCAAUUCCCGUCGUUCAUCUAGUUCCAUAGGUGGCCUCUUUGGUCUGUUCGAUUGA